GUGCUUUCCAGCUAUUGCUUAGUUGGGUUGAGGGAUCCACCUAUAGCAUAAUGGACACAUCGUUCAAUUUGGGGAAUUUUUUGAAGCCAGAUCUUUUACCCAGCGUCUUGAAUCCUUCCUCUCUUUCAACUUGGAGAGAAAUCAUCGCGACAACCUCUACGCCUAAUAAGAGGGCCUUUCGUCGCUCAAUCUACUUUCCUUUUCUUACCUUCUCCUUUAUUUUACCUCUACUUUUUAACUUAUAUCACGAUGAGCAGUUUGCGGUUUCUUGAUCUCGUUAAGCCCUUCGUGGCAUUCUUGCCCGAGGUUCAGCAGCCCGAGACCAAAGUUCCCUUCAACCAAAAGUUGAUGUGGACAGGUCUCACGCUGCUGAUCUUCUUGGUCAUGAGCCAAAUGCCUCUUUACGGUAUCGUCUCGUCCGAUACCUCUGAUCCUCUAUACUGGUUGCGAAUGAUGAUGGCGAGUAAUCGAGGAACACUUAUGGAAUUGGGUAUUACGCCAAUUAUCUCCUCUGGCAUGGUCUUCCAGCUCCUCGCUGGUACCCACAUGAUUGACGUCAACCUUGACCUCAAGUCCGAUCGCGAGCUCUACCAGACCGCCCAGAAGCUCUUUGCUUUCAUCCUCUCCGCCGGUACCGCCACUGUCUACGUCUUCACUGGUCUUUACGGCCCUCCUUCUGAUCUAGGCGCUGGUAUCGUCUUCCUCCUAAUUCUUCAGCUUGUCGUCGCUGGUAUGAUUGUCAUCCUUCUCGACGAACUUCUACAGAAGGGCUACGGUCUCGGCAGCGGUAUCUCUCUGUUCAUCGCUACCAACAUCUGCGAGUCGAUCAUGUGGAAAGCUUUCUCCCCCACUUCGAUCAACACUGGUCGUGGUCCCGAGUUUGAGGGUGCUGUUAUUGCUCUCUUCCACUUGUUGAUGACGUGGCCCAACAAGCAGCGUGCUCUGCAAGAGGCUUUCUACCGCCAGAACCUCCCCAACAUCAUGAAUCUUCUUGCUACCCUGGCCGUCUUCGCCGCCGUCAUCUACCUUCAAGGCUUCCGUGUCGAGAUCCCUGUCAAGUCUUCCCGCCAGCGAGGCGCCCGUGGUUCUUACCCGGUUCGCCUGUUCUACACCUCCAACAUGCCCAUUAUGUUGCAGUCCGCCCUUUCUUCCAACAUCUUCCUCAUUAGCCAAAUGCUGUACUCCCGCUUCUCCGAGAACCUCCUCGUCCGCAUGUUUGGUGUCUGGGAAGCAAGGGAAGGAUCUGCUCAGCUCUCUGCUGUUUCGGGUCUUGUCUACUACAUGUCCCCUCCUCUCAACUUCCGCGACGCCAUCUUGGACCCUAUUCACACCGUCGUGUACAUUACGUAUAUGCUUAGCGCCUGUGCUAUCUUCUCGAAGACCUGGAUUGAGGUGUCUGGUUCCAGCCCUCGUGACGUUGCCAAGCAGUUGAAGGACCAAGGACUUGUUAUGGCUGGUCACCGCGACCAGAGCAUGUACAAGGAGCUUAAGCGCAUCAUCCCUACCGCUGCUGCUUUCGGUGGCGCUUGCAUUGGUGCGCUCUCCGUUGCCAGCGAUCUCAUGGGUGCUCUCGGCUCCGGAACCGGUACUCUUCUUGCCGUUACGAUCAUUUAUGGUUACUUCGAAAUCGCCGCAAAAGAGGGUGAUCUCGCAGGAAUGAAAGGGAUGAUCAUGGGAUAAGUUUUAUGAUUAACCCCCUUCUAACCUUCUAAUUGACCGUUAUGACGGCACAAGGUCAGAAAUGCUAUUCUUUAGCGCUGCAUGUAAUACCAAGGGAUAACAAAAAGUUAUGAGGAUUUCCACGAGGGCGGCGGUGCUUGGAAAAUGCAUUAAUGGCGGUCUUCGGUCAUUCUCGUCAGGGUUUUUUUUCUAAUAAAAAAACCUCAUGGCGAAGAGUGUAUUAGCUUACGUAACAAUAUUAUUCAUGAAAAGUACCAUGUGUAAAUCUUUUGACCUGGUUUUCGAAGUUAACGCCAAGUAAUUUCAAAUCAUGUAUAGGUACCCCCUAUACACACAAAUGCCGACUAUGUAGUUGCAGUAUACAGCAUAGUCUAUAGAAAGUAACUGAAUACCUAUUCCACUAAGUAUUUCAUGGGUCACUGAGCAAGAUAAUUUGCCAAAUAGGUACAAGUAGC